GGCCAUAGUUCAGAAUAGUUGUGGCGAUGCGUUAUUUAUUUAACUUUUUUUCUGUGUUAUCUAUCUUCUAUUACGUUACAUAUUUGAUCUCUUACGAGUACUAAUUUUGUGAUUUCUCAUAGUAACUAAUGAGAACUGACGCAGCAAUGUUGUUUAUAGUGUUAACAACUGUGUUAUUUCUAUACGUUGUAGUAAUGUGUUUGUACCAUAACUAUAGCAGACGAGGUAGACUGAGGGCUAGAAUACCUGGUCCAAGAUAUUGGCCGAUUAUGGGAAAUUCGAUGAAUGUCAUUCUUCCACAAGAUAAAUUAUUCAUCUAUUUGAGAACAUUGAACAAAAAAUACGGAGACGUCGUUGGAUUUGGUGCAUUGGACAUUGUCGCUAUUAACAUCUAUAACCCUAAUGAUAUUGAGAAAAUCCUCUCGUCUACUAAAUAUAUCGAGAAGCAACAACCGUACACUUUCUUGAGAGGAUGGCUGGGUGAAGGAUUGCUCACUAGUUACGGUAAAAAAUGGCAACGCAGGAGAAAACUGCUCACUCCAGCAUUUCACUUCAAUAUCCUGCGGAGAUUCUUUCGUACCUUCGAGGAGGAGACAGAGGAACUCCUCAAAAAGGUCGAGGCAGAAGUGAGCAACGAAAGGACAGACAUCGGGAAACUUAUCAGUAACAUGACGCUCAAAGCAGUGUGUAAAACAGCAAUGGGAACCUCAAUGAAUGAAGGCAUACAGGCGUUGUCUGCAAAAUAUUUCGAUGCAAUACAAAACCUUGGAGCCAUUUUAGUCCGACGAAUUUGCACACUAUGGCUAUUCGUAGAUUUCACUUACCAGUUCACCUCAUACGCCCGCAAAGAGCAAAAGAUUCUAAAAGAUCUGCAUGGCUUCACGAGGGACGUAAUUCGUCAGAGGAAAACGUAUUUGAAGCAGAAUCCUUCGAUAUUGAACUUGGAUUACGAUGACGAAACCAACAAGAAAGGUCGCCUCGCUAUGUUGGAUUUGUUGAUCCAGAACCAGAACGAAGGGGGUAUUGAUGAUGAAGAGAUUAGGGAAGAAGUCGAUACGUUUAUGUUCAGGGGUCACGACACGACUUCAAUGGCACUAACAUUUUUCAUCAUGAGAUUAGCUGAUGAACCACAAAUACAGGAGAAAAUAUACCAAGAAAUGAAAUCAAUAUUUGGAGAUUCCGACCGGCCCGCCACAAUGGAGGAUAUCAAGGAGAUGAAGUAUUUGGAGUGCUGCAUCAAGGAGUCGCUGAGAAUAUAUCCCAGUGUGCACUACAUAGCAAGAUAUGUGACGGAGGAUGUGGAACUAGGAGGCUACACAGUACCAGCCAAUUCGAUUAUUCAAAUCCAUAUAUAUGAUUUACACCGUCGAGAGGACUUAUACCCUGAACCUGAGCGUUUCGUACCUGAGAGAUUCUCGCCCGAAAACUGCGUCAACCGACACCCCUACGCCUACAUACCUUUUAGUGCUGGGCCAAGGAACUGCAUAGGUCAAAAAUUCGCCAUGCUAGAGAUGAAGACUUUAGUGUCCAGUAUAUUGCGGAAGUAUCGCUUGGAGCCCGUCACUAGGCACAAAGACAUCGUGUUCGUCAGUGAGCUCGUGCUGCGCUCUAGAGACCCUAUCUAUGUCAAAUUUUGUUCAAGAUAAAUAACUAAUGCUACUUAUACUAAUUAUUACUAUUUACAAUUUAUCUAUACUUAUAAUAAAUCUAUAGAGAAGUCAAUUCUGUACAUGAAAUAUAUUUCUAAAAUAACUAUCA